AUGGCCUACAAUGGAAUAAAAGCUCCUGGCAUGGGAGCCGUCUCGUUUAAUAUGAACGCUGAUAAACUAAUGAAAACGUUGCCUGAGAUGCCAACAGCUCAAGGAGACCCGAACGACGAACCUGAGGAUGAGAGUGACGAGGAUGAAAAUGUCGAAGCUUCUGCCGUCGCUAAUUCAGAAUCAUCUAGUCAAGGACAAAACGAAGAUUCAGGAGAAUCAAACAACGAAUCGUCAUCAUCAUCUAAAGCUAAUCAAAAUACACCGAUUGAAAAUAAUUCAGCUGACGAAUCAGAUCGUACAAGCGAAAACACAUCAUCAUCUUCAUCUACUGAAGCUGAUUCCAAUACAUCAAAUGACGAAGUUGAAUCUGCUCGAACAAGUGAAGACACCGAUUCACAAGCAAAGGCCUCAUCUGAAGCUAAAAGUGACUCGCAAUCAUCUGAAAAACAAAAGAAUAGACCAAAAUCAACGAACACAAAUACAUCAACAUCAUCGACUAGUUCAUCAAAAGGACAAACCGCAAAAUCAACAGGACCAACAUCAACUAGUUCAUCUGCUACUGCUGCUGACUCAAGUUCAUCAGGUUCACAGGAUGGCUCAUCGGGAAACGGAGAGGAUGCUUCAUCAUCAUCAACGAAUAAUGCUUCCAGUGCCGCUUCUUCUUCAGCUUCAUCUGCUGGUAAAGGACAAAACAAUGGAUCAAGGCCAUCUAACAACGGACAAUCAUCAUCAGAAUCAGCAGGAUCAGGAUCAUCGGCUGCUUCAUCUACUGCUGCUACUGGCUCAUCAGGUUCAUCAGGUUCAGAUAACGGUUCCUCAGGCAAAGUAAACAACAGUCAAUCAUCAUCAAGAUCAUCAGGACCAUCAGGAUCAGAAUCAUCGGCUACUGUUUCAUCUGCUGCUUCAUCCGGUGCUGGCUCAGAAUCAUCAGGAUCACCGGGGCAAACUUGUUACUGUUACGCCUAA